CAGAAGAAAGAAAUGGCUCGAUUUAGCUACACUGUGACGAUUAUCAGUACUGCAUUGUUGUGCGUUCUGGCAGAAGAACUCUAUUCCGAUCGGUACGACUACAUUGACGCUGAUAGUAUCCUUCAGAAUGAUAAAUUGCGAGAGCAAUAUUACAGUUGCUUUAUGGAAACAGCGCCAUGCGUAACAGCAGAUGCGAAGUUCUUCAAAGAGGUUGUUAGCGAAGCUCUCCAAACUAAAUGUAAGAAAUGUACUGAAAGACAAAAGGAAAUAAUGGAUUCAAUAGUGGAUUGGUAUACAAAAAAUCAACCUGAACAAUGGGAAGCUUUCGUCGCAAAGACUAUUGAAAACCUAAAAAAGAAGAACGGAGGUGCAUAAUUGCUAACAACUGCUGAAAUAACUCAAAUAACGAGGAGAAUACAGAAAAAGAAUCGAAAAUGAAUUAAUCAUCUAUAAAAUUACUAAAGCUUUUAUAUUC